AAGGGGAGGCAAGCACCCUCGCACGCCAGAUUACCCCAGAGAAGUGGAAAAAUCUGACCCGAAAAGAGGAUGUUUCAGGUUAUUUUUUAACGGGGUGCUCCGAGCCGUUGGUGAACCCGCAGGCGGGCGGGUGUGCAUGCGCACUCCGGGCACUGUCAAGGCUUACGCAUGCGCACUCCCUGUCGGUCCCGAGCUUCCCCCCGCCUGCGCAGUGGCGCGCGAAGCCGGAGGAGCAGCAGCAGCAGCGGCGAUCGGCGGCGGUGGCGGGGGGGAAAUGGCGGCCGCGGUGCUGGCGGCGCCGGAGGGCGGCUCUGCCGUGAUGCCGGCGGGGAACGCGACGGCUUGUCCUCCGCCACCUGGUCCUUCAGGGCCGGGGUCGUGGAGUCGCUCCUUGGACCGAGCUUUAGAAGAAGCGGCGACCAGCGGUACCCUCAGUUUGAGCGGCAGGAAGCUCCGUGACUACCCGCGGGCCAGCGCCGCCAACCACGACCUCAGCGACACCACCCAGGCCGAUUUGUCUCGGAACAGGCUGUCAGAGCUUCCAGCAGAAGCAUGUCACUUUGUCUCCCUCGAGAGUCUUAAUCUGUACCAGAACUGCAUUCGAUAUAUCCCAGAGGCUGUUUUGAACUUACAAUCUUUAACAUUUCUAAAUAUCAGUCGAAACCAGCUUUCAACAUUGCCAGUACACCUCUGUAGUCUACCACUAAAAGUUUUGAUAGCAAGUAAUAAUAAGUUGGUUUCAAUACCUGAAGAAAUUGGACAGCUUAGACAGCUGACAGAGCUUGAUGUGAGCUGUAAUGAAAUACAGACAAUACCUCCACAGAUUGGCAAUUUGGAAUCUUUGCGGGACCUAAAUGUCAGAAGAAAUAAUUUGGUGCGUUUACCUGAAGAGCUUGCUGAGUUGCCUUUGAUUCGAUUAGAUUUCUCCUGCAAUAAAAUAACAACAAUACCAGUUUGUUAUAGGAACCUCAGACAUCUGCAGACCAUCAUGUUAGAGAACAACCCUCUCCAGUCACCCCCUGCACAGAUAUGUAUAAAAGGAAAAAUUCACAUAUUUAAAUACCUGAACAUAGAAGCAUGCAAGAUAGCUCCAGACUUGCCUGAUUAUGAUAGGAGACCCAUGGGAUUUGGAUCUUGCCAUGAGGAACUCUAUUCCAGUCGUCCAUACGGAGCACUUGAUUCUGGCUUCAAUAGUGUGGACAGUGGAGACAAAAGAUGGUCAGGGAAUGAACCAACAGAUGAGCUCUCAGAUCUCCCGUUACGUGUGGCAGAGAUCACUAAAGAACAGAGACUGCGAAGAGAAAGUCAGUAUCAAGAAAACCGAGGGAGCACAGUCGUAACUAAUGGUGGAGUGGAACAUGACCUCGAUCAGAUCGACUAUAUUGAUAGCUGUGCCACAGAAGAGGAGGAGGAAGAGGUGAGGCAACCCAAGUGCAUGGACUCAGACAGCCUCAGCUCACAAUUCAUGGCAUAUAUUGACCAGCGGCGAAUCUCUAACGAGAGUUCACCAGUAAAGCCUGUAUCUGUCAGAGAAUUUCAGAGAACAGAGGAUACAAGACGAUAUUUACAUCAAAACAGGGAUACUGAUGAAUUACGAAGACCUGAAACUCUAAAUUUGAUGCAGGACAGAGAGCAUCACCAAGUACAAAGGAGUUAUGUGGACAGGACAGAGAGACCCCCGGCUGAUUCACCUUACUUUCUAUCAAGUCACCACAGUCAGGUGCCUAAUACAGAUCCUGAGCUGCAUCGCAGGCACAUAGAGCGUACCCGUCGGGAGGCCCAGCUAGCAGCACUUCAGUAUGAAGAAGAGAGGAUGAGAACAAAACAGAUCCAGAGAGAAGCUGUUCUUGACUUUGUUAAGCAAAAAGCAUCCUUAAGUCCUCAGAAGCAAAGUCCCCUGGAUAGUGAGUGUCCCUUUCCAUCCAGAAGGUCUCAGCAUACUGAUGAUAGUGCCUUGUUAGUGAAUGGCUUUGAGCCUCUCUUUGUGUUUGAGAUUGACAGUAAUACCAAUACCAUUAAAAGAAGGCCAGGGACUCGCCAACAGUCGCUCUCAGGGUUGAAUCAAGAAAGCUGUGCUACUACCCUGCCUAAUGCCUCUACCUUCAGUCCUGUCAAGAGUGAUGACAGAUCUACCAUUUCUCCCAGCUCACCUACCACUCAGACAGUCCACCUUUCCCCUCCAUAUCCUGGCCAUGCAGCCCCGCCUUCCUAUAGAAACCCUUCCCAGCGACCUGAGAGUUUCCUUUUCCAAGCAGCUGUCAGGGAUGAAGCAAACAAAGCUUCUACUUCCUCUCAUACCCAUGCCUUGUCUCCUGCUAAUGAUUCUGCAGACCCUAGAGUAAGACAAAACUCCAAACAACGAGAGGAGGAGCUGGAGCUAAUAGAGCAGCUACGUAAGAAUAUAGAAUCACGGUUGAAAGUGUCAUUGCCCAGUGAUCUUGGAGCAGCUCUCACCGAUGGUGUCGUUCUGUGCCAUUUAGCAAAUCAUGUGCGUCCCCGAUCUGUUCCCAGCAUUCAUGUCCCCUCACCUGCUGUUCCUAAACUUACAAUGGCAAAAUGCAGACGAAACGUGGAGAAUUUUUUGGAAGCUUGCAGAAGGAUUGGAGUGCCUCAGGAGCAAUUAUGUUUGCCUCUACAUAUUUUAGAAGAGAAGGGUUUGACACAGGUAGCUGUGACUGUCCAGGCGCUCCUGGAGCUGGCACCCCCAAAGCAGCAGCAACUUCACCACUUGUCUGCUGUGUAAAGACCUCCAGGACCUUUUGGGUUACCUUGGCUAAGCAGAAGGACGUGAAGACGUUACUGCCCAUGCAGUACAUCCAAACACACAGAGCUCUGUUCUAAGGAAAUGAGUUUCCGUGAUUCCUGACAGGAAUGUUUUACUUCAUUGCUCCAUUUUUUUUGGAGAUCACAACAGUUUCCAAUAACAUUUUUAUUAUCAAUAUUUUUGCCCCUUAUUUAAAAAAGAGAGUUCGUUGGGAGGAGGGCAGGGAAUUCCAGCGGCUGGCUGUUGGGGCCAGCUGUAGAAACUGACCUUGUCGACUGAAGACAUGGGUGUAGAGUUUGGAAAGCAAUUCCUAGGGGAAUUCAUUUCUCAAAAGGAUGUUGCUGCAGUGGGCGCAUAGGGAAUGAAAUUUAUUUCCUUCCCCACAAGGUUCAAAGAAAGGCAAUUUCUUUGCCUCGAAAGAACAACAUCUAUUUCUAUUACAUAUAAAAAAAAUUGCAACCCACGCUCUUAACCUGCAGUGUUUGAUAACAGGGUCGAACCUUAUGCAGCUGCAACUUGUGUUGGCAUGUCCUCAUUACUUAAAAUUUGAAGGAAAAAGAAAACUGAUUUUUUUUCCCCGAAGGGAAAAAAUACUGCAUGUUUUCUCCACAAGAAACAUCUUAAUUAAAAGAUACUAAAUCAGAACUGCUCAAACUGUAUUAAUCGCAUUAGCAUUCUUGCUGGGUUCACUUUCUGUUUGGGUUUUAACAUGUCUUUAUCCAAAAAUGUUUCCAACAUCGGUGGAGGGAGAUCUCCUACCUCCCCUCACCUCCCCUUCUGCUCACGUAGGGAUGCGUUCGGUUACUCAGUGGUUUUGUCAAACGAUGACUAGAUGUCAUCAAGAACCAUGUCUAUAUUUUCACUGCAGUGUGAAGAAUUACAGCCUGCCAUGCUAAUCAUUAGAAACCUAUUAUCAAAUAAUACAUUUAUUAGGGGCUGAAUUAUCCCGUGCAGACAUGCCAAUACGGGUGAGUGUUCCAGCCACUGAGACAUUUAUCAUUUUAAGAACAUAAUUACUGAAUUUCCAGAGGUUGGCUGCAUAUUGCCAAAGCAGCAAUCUGUUGCAAAAGGUAGCUCCUAGUUGUGGGUUUAGUGAGGCUUUAAUAAAUAAAGCCUUUUAUCAUUGGAGUUUAUGUAGAGAUGCGCUGGUUUUACAGAGCUACCGUUAAUUCCUUCCUCUUUCCUUAACAUGUAAAUGGAAAUUCAAUAUACAGGAAUGGGAGCCAACAAGUUUUUCAUUUUGCUGGAAAAUUGACCUGCAAAACAAAGACUAGCUCUCUGUGGUCCUAGUGACAAGGCCAAGCUCUCUACCAGAUCAGUUCCAAAUUUUUUUUUUUUUUUUCCCCAAGAAAGACCUUGCGAAAUCCAGUUCUGCACCCAUGCAGUUCCUUUGUUAGGUUUUGGCCAAUUUAAAACAUCCGGAACAUUACGCUACUAAUACAUGGUGCAUGGGGUCCAAGGCUAACUUCAGGCAUCAGAGGUGUUGCAUCUGGGGAUAUAUUGGAAGCAGAAUACACCAAGGGGAUUUCAUGGGGAUAAAGGAAGGAGGAGAAAUGGGAGCAGGCUAGCUAAAAGUCAUUCUUGCAGAAGAAAACCUGCCCUGAGACAGUGGCAAGGACUGGUCUUUGCUGCAUUUUUCCCCUUUUGAUUUGCAAUUUUGUUUCUGCUCCAUUUUGCUUCAUGUAUUUCUUUCAAGGUCCAUUGUGGUGACUGUCGAAUCCCUUAUUUCACAUAAUUAUUCCAGUUGCUUCUUAUUGGCAUUGGUUGAUCACGCUGCAAGUGGAGAAGAACACCUGGAGGGUAUUUAAAACUGCACAGCUGAAAAAAGAAGCUUUUUCAUACUGGGUAAGCACAUUGCCCUCAGCCCUGCAAGAAAUGAAAAUGCCAAUAACUUGCAAUACAUGUAGGAAGAGGGCAGCUCCCUACAGACGUACUUUCCUCCUUAAGUAGCUGCUCUUGUGUUUCACUUAAUUUCGCUUGCAAAGAGUGUUGGUAAUUGUUAAAGGAUUGCAUAAAAGCGUCUGAAGUCUCUGCUGUCGUUUGCCAAGUGGAGGAUUGCCACUCGCAGCCAACAGCACAGACCACAAAUGCUUCUCAUACAUUUAUCUCUGCACACAAUUUGAAAGAGGGGGGCACUGACUUCACCUUAGUCUUCAACAUUAGGUCACUUGUAUUGUUACCAGGACGUGUUACUUUUUCAUAGCACGCCCUUCAUGGACUGUUUAAAUCUUCCCGUUCUAAGAAAACCAUUCCCUUUGAGGAAUUGUGAGGGUGUGGUGUUCACUCCAGUCCAGCUUCCAGCACUUGGGGAAAAUGAAACUUAACAGUGUUCAGGUUGGUGGAAGUUUGACAUUUCAUUAAUACUAGUUUUUAGGAAUUAACGGGGUGGGGAGUUGAGCCUGAACUGCAAGAAAUGGCCAUUUCCUCUCAUGUCUGGUUAACGCUGCCAUGCUUCUGUACAAGCGGUGCACAUGCUGAGUCUGUGUCGGGAGCAAUGGUUGCACGGCUGGGCAGGUGGCGUGUCCCCAGUGUCACUCACUGUUCUAAGCAAUGGUUCACUCUGGCAGUUUCAAUGUGUGCGAUCAUCUUAGUGUGAUGUUUAUAAUCCUGUGUUUUCACACUGGCAAACACUACAUCUUGAUCAGACGUUUAGGACAAAAAUCCAAACCUGAAGUUUCAUCAUAUGGUUUAUUUAAUGUGUUAUACUAAAAAUAACUUCAGUUCUCUUUUGCAAAGUGGGUUGGGAUUUUUUUGGUGUAUUUAUGUGCAAUUUUUGUUGUAUCCUGGGAAAAAAAUAUUUUAAAGAAAACGUAUAAAAUUCUAUUUUGUGUGUUAAAGCAAAGAGGCAAUUGUCUUUCCUCUGUGGGGCAUUUGUGCUGAAGGAUGUGGGAGGAAUCUACCCGAGUGUUUACACACCGACUCCCUUGUGUCACCGUCCUUCCUCGGACCGUGUGGAGCACCGAGCAGCGUCUGAGGCUCGGCAGGGUUCCACACUUGAGACUGAGCGGCGUGGGCGCUCGGGAGUCCCUGAUGGCAUUGCGGGGAUCGGGGCAAAACAGCCGGGGUUUGGGGCUUCCCCCUUGUGAAGGGGGAGGCGUUCAUAUGGCCCCCACCUCAGUGGGCUGCUUAAAAUAAAUCGGAGACAACUUCCAGCGCCGAGAACACCUCCGUUGUUCUUGGUAGUGACCCGAUGGCAAAUGGUAUUUUUAUCCUUUUAUGACUACAAAUGGUUCUUUGAAAAAAUGUUUUAGAAACAGAGGACUUUUAAGGUGAAUUUGGACAUCUAAAAAAAUUCUUUUGUAUAGAUAUUGUGAUGUUUUACAAAGCGAUUCUAAUUUUGUUAUUUCUGAAAACAGUGUAAACGUGUAAUUAAUAGAGUAAAGGAUUUUAAAGCUUCAUCCCAUGCUGUAUGUCUGUAAAUACAUUCCAUAAUUUCUAAGUCUGUUACAUAUAAAUGUGUUUGAAUAUUGUCUACUUUAUUUUAAAUUGCCUGUAUUCUGCCAGUAGUGUGAAUUUCUAGCACAUUUAUAAUAUAAAAGGAAACCAUGGGUAAUUUGAAAUAAAGUUUUAAAACUUACGGGACUUACAGUA